AUGAAGAACAGGGAACAACAAAAGACAGUGAAGACAGCGAUGGUUUUCCUGGGAUUCUGCCUUGUCGCUUACAUUGUAAUCCCACCGCUCUUCUGGCACCUCUCCGAUUUCAUUACCGCCACCUCUUCUUCUUCUUCUUCUUCUUCCUCCUCAUACUGUCCACCUUGCUUCUGCGACUGCUCCACUCAGCCACUGUUCUCUCUUUUUGAUGAUCUGAGCGCCAACACUUCUUUCUCAGAAUGCACGAAGAAGCAGGAUCCGGAGGUGGGCGAGGAGGCGCAGUCCAAUUUCACGGAGCUCCUGGCGGAGGAAGUGAAGCUGAAAGAGGCGGAGGCUGUGAGGAACCAGCAGCGGGCCGACGUGGCUUUGCUGGAGGCCAAGAAGAUGACGUCACAGUAUCAGAAGGAAGCUGACAAGUGCAGCGCGGGGAUGGACACCUGCGAGGUUGCCAGGGAGACAGCCGAAGAAGCACUUGCCUCCCAGAGGCAAAUCAGUGCCCUCUGGGAGCGCAGAGCUCGACAGAGAGGGUGGCGACCGGCUGCGACCACCGUCACUCACCACCUUCACAGCCACUUCACCCACUAA